AUGCCUGCAGACAUACAUUUGAUCAAAGCUGAAGGCGCCUAUGAGCGCUUGCCUGCCAAAGGCCAAAAUGGACUCCGGUUUCCAGUGGAGCGAUAUCUCCCGCCAAAAGAUUUCAUCAACUUUGAUGACGAACUCAAGUACCGCACAAAGCUAUUGCAUAUGGCUCGAAAUUCGAACCGUACCACUUUAUGUUUGCGGUGUGGAGUACCAACUGGCCAGCACCCCAAAGAUAUCUGUUUUUGCCAGUGGUGCGGUUGCCGCGCAGACGAUAUCCACCCUGAUCUAGAGUGUCCGUGGAUAUACGCCAGUGUGUCCUUCUGGAAGUCCAAACUCGUAAUCACUGAUCCCGCGAGCGGUGAAAGAUCAAGCGACUGGGUCCCCGUCAACGUCCAGAUUCAGCCUACAAAAGAGGAGCAAGCAUUCCUUGCACUUGAGAACCCAAUAUUCCUCGACUUUCCACGCGCUCGUGAGGGUCGUAAUAUAGUGGUGCCGGAUGGGGCGAACAUGAUGCAGCCAGUAUUGAUGCCACGAAAAUUGAAGAUUCAAGAACUGAACCGAGGCGAGAAGCGUCAACACGAAGAUGGUGACGAAUCAAGUGAACGGCCAACUCGACGGCCGUUCGUCGUUGGCAGUGACAAACAUGUCGAACUGAAAGAUGAACUGUUCCGUGAACUGAAAGACGCACUGUUCCGCGAACUAAAAGAUGAAUUGUUCCAUGAACUGUCCCGAAUGAGGGAAAAAAUCGCAAGACUGUCAUAUGAAGUCACAGAACUGAGAGCUCUCACUGAAAUGAAUCGCGAAAAUCAGUUUCCUUCUAGACCUCCUAUACGUCAAUAUGGCGGGUUUUCUCCUAGCCGCUCUGAGUACAGGGAAGAUACGUCGCCCUAUUCUAGCAACCCGAGACGGCAAGGGGACCGUUCCAGCCAAUUAGGCAACCAGUAUGACGAGCAUAGAGACCGUUUCAGCGCUAAUUCAGGCUUAUAUCGUCCCACGCAACAACAAAGUCCACCUCACCCAACCAGAGGUGACGGCAGGCCCUUUCCGGUCGACAGUUCAUAUCAAGACAACUCCAGCAUGAAUCGACGCUCUGUAUAUCAUCGACAACAACAUCGCUCAAGCCAGAGCGGUCGACCGAUGUCUGAUAAAAUGCUACCUGUACCACAUGGGCAAGAGCGGGUGCCAUGGACAACCAUUGGCGCAGGAACAAGACUCCUCAAUGAACAACGGCUGCAAUCAACAUCAAAAGCGGUAGUAUACGCAGCUAUGGAACAACAGUCAUCUCUGGCUACGUGCAUAAAAUGGGAGUAUUCUCCAGAACCUCGCUGGCCAGAGAAACCGAACAGAGGCUCUGAAUACGGACGCAUGGAAAACCGUGGAACUUUGGCGCAACAACGCAACGAUCGAAUCAAUCGCGAUCAGGCUUCCCUCACCGAUCCUCUGACCGUCAGCGCCACGCGCCUUCGCGCUACGAAUCCCUGCCGAAUAGGCCGUCUCAGUCCUAUAGAUCUACCUGGUCUCAUGAGUCGCAUGAAAAUUCCCAGUACUGGGACGUGCCUUCGGGCAACUACUCUCCGUGGCGCUACGCACAGCAUGGACAUUUCCAAUAUAGGGACGCAACUCACGAUCAGCGUGAUUAUUAUCACCACCUCCGAGGCAGGUUUCCCCGCUCGCCUACUCCACAUGAUAGAUAUGUGGAGUAUUCUCAGAGAAUACGUGCACCUAAUCGAAGCGAUUAUUCUUUCACGGAAAGAUCCUCGAGAUCCUUCUUACUAUGAGGAAGAUUUUUACACCCGUGGGAGAGAUCGUUAUGCCCGUGAGCAUGAUCACUCGCCCCGCCGUAUACUUCCAAGCAGAUAUGAGUCUGGACAUACUCGCACCCACGAGGAUAGCUCCUUCUCCCGUGAGGUUGGGCCCCUACAGCACAGACCUGAGACGCUGCCCUCCACUCAGGCAGUAGACGACUACUUGAGUCGCCAACUCGAGAGCAGACUUCGUUCUAUCUUCGAAGAGAUAGUUGCGAAGAGAGCUGCUCGAAUAGCAACGGAGGCUUCUGAAACUAGGUCAUCCUCACCGCAAAGCCAGACGCCUGUUGCCGCCACUAUAUCCGAAAAAGAUCAUGACGAGCAGGCUGCCACAACGCCGCAUGUGGUCCCUAUGUCAAAGACACCGGCAGAGAUCUACAAGCAUAUGCAGGAUGAGUUGAAAGGGCUUCUCGCAAUGGAGUAUGACAGCAACGCCGAGCCCCCCUUGAUACCAUACGGAUUUGGCAGUGCUUGGGACGACAGUGCCUCAGUGUAUAUCUUCCCCUGGAAGUAUGGCGCUACGAAGUCCUGCAACCUGGGGCUUUGUAAAGACAUGUUCAUGGGCAAAACGUGCAGGGACUAUACGUGCACACACGCACACAAUUGGCUUUCAUACGAUCAACUUGCAUACUUGCUGGGUCAGCCGGAUGCGAGAACAAGGAAAGCGGCAAGGGAAUUUGUUCAUGAUUUUUUCCCGUUGUGGUUCCAUGCCUGGGUCAACAUGGACAUGCCCACUUUCGACGACCCUGUGCCUCCCAAGCCGCCAACAAGUCUAACCAAGUCAUGGCGUCUCCCGCUGUUGAACUGA